CGCGGCGGGGCCAAGCGCGGGGGCGGACCCACCAAGCCACGCCCCCGCCGUGGGCUCCGCCCCCAGGCCCUGCGGAAUCCUGAAGAGGAGGGGGUGGGUGGGGCGCAGCUCGGUCAGCUGAGUGACAGUCACGGGACCGCGACCGGCUCAGUCUGGCUUCCUGGAGGAGAGGGAGGGAUGAGCGGGGGUCUCCAAGUGCGACAGGACAUGGAGAAGGAGCGGGAGACUCUGCGGACCUGGAAGCAGCGUAUGGGGCAGGAACUGGACCGCGUGCUGGCUUUCUGGACGGAGCAUUCCCAUGACCAGGAGCACGGGGGCUUCUUCACGUGUCUUGGCCGCGAUGGGCGGGUGUAUGACGACCUCAAAUAUGUCUGGCUGCAGGGGAGGCAGGUAUGGAUGUAUUGUCACCUGUACCGCAAAUUUGAGCGCUUCCACCACUCUGAGCUUCUGGACGCAGCAAAAGCAGGUGGCGAAUUUUUGCUGCGUUAUGCCCGGGUGGCACCUCCUGGCAAGAAGUGUGCCUUUGUGCUAACUCGGGAUGGCCGCCCAGUCAAGGUGCAGAGGACCAUCUUCAGUGAGUGCUUCUACACCAUGGCCAUGAACGAGCUGUGGAGGGUGACAGGGGAAGUGCGUUACCAGAGCGAAGCGGUGGAGAUGAUGGAUCAGAUCGUCCACUGGGUGCGGGAGGACCCGUCGGGGCUGGGCCGGCCCCAGCUGGCAGGGGCGCCGGCCGCAGAGCCCAUGGCGGUGCCCAUGAUGCUGCUCAACCUCGUGGAGCAGCUCGGGGAGGCGGACGCGGAGCUGGCAGGCAGAUACGCGGAGCUGGGGGACUGGUGCGCCCUGCGGAUCCUGCAGCACGUGCAGAGGGAUGGCCAAGCUGUGCUGGAGAAUGUGUCAGAGGAUGGCAAGGAACUUUCUGGUUGCUUGGGGAGACACCAGAACCCAGGUCAUGCACUAGAAGCCGGCUGGUUCCUGCUCCGUCACUCCAUCCAGAAAGGUGACCCCAAACUUCGAGCCCACAUUAUCGACAAGUUCCUGUUGUUGCCCUUCCGCUCUGGAUGGGACCCUGAACACGGAGGCCUCUUCUACUUCCAGGAUGCUGAUGACCUCUGCCCCACCCAGCUGGAGUGGGCCAUGAAGCUCUGGUGGCCUCACAGCGAAGCCAUGAUUGCCUUUCUCAUGGGCUACAGUGACAGUGGGGACCCUGUGUUGCUCCAUCUGUUCUACCAGGUGGCUGAGUACACCUUCCGCCAGUUUCGCGAUCCGGAGUAUGGGGAAUGGUUUGGCUACCUGAAUCGAGAGGGAAAGGUUGCCCUCACCAUCAAAGGGGGUCCUUUCAAAGGCUGCUUCCACGUGCCGCGGUGUCUAGCCAUGUGCGAGGAAAUGCUGGGCGCCCUGCUGAACCGCCCCGCCCCGGCGCCCGCCCCCGGCGCCCGCUCCCCGCCCGCCGUCCCCGCCCGCCGAGGCGCAGAAUAAAG